UUUCCCAUCCGUUUUAAACAAGUAUUUUCUUUCAUUCAGUAGAAGGCAAAGUAAAGCUGUUAUGAUCUUGACAGUUUCUACUUUAACUCGGUCCAUAUCUUUGGAGCUAGAUGUUUUAACAAGUAUAAAGGACUUAAAAGCUGUCGUUUGCUUCGACUUUGGCUGUGAAGAUCCCGAUAAGUUGGCCUUGUAUUACCAGGAAAAAGAACUCUGCUUUGGUACCUUAGAGGAUAACGGAAUUGUAAAAAAUACUUCUCUUUUCCUUGUGGACAAGUCCUUAAAAACGGACCUAAAAAAGCAUCAAGAUUUUAUUAGAAAACUGCAGCGCAAUGGUAAGGAGCUUUCCUUGUUGAGACAUCACGAUCCUCUUCUUGCCGAGGCCCUCAUGAAAUCUGACGUCUACGCCGUGAAAGCCAUCUUGGAAUCAAGACUUUUGAAACAGGAAGAAAUUAAAACAGAGGAGCAACAACUUCUCAAGUUAGCUAAAGAAAAUCCGUUUGACUUAGAACUGCAAUGUAAAAUCGAAGAGCAGAUUCGUUCCGAGAAUCUUCGUCAUAACUUGUACACGGCCAUGGAGCACAUUCCUGAAUCCUUUUCCUCUGUUUCGAUGCUUUAUAUAAAGUUGGAGAUCAACGGCUGUGUCGUGAAAGCUUUUGUAGAUUCAGGUGCCCAAAUGUCUAUUUUAAGCCAAGAGUGUGCCACUCGGUGCAGCUUAAUGCGGCUUCUUGACACACGGUAUCAGGGAGUCGCACUGGGAGUAGGAAGCGCCCCGAUUGCCGGAAGAAUUCACGCUGCUCACGUGAAAAUUGGACGCGCCUUUUUGAUUUGCUCUUUCUUGGUCUUGUUGGAGCAGUCGGUGGACUUUAUUUUGGGGCUCGACAUGCUCAAGCGCCAUAAUUGUUGUAUUGAUUUGAAAAGCAAUCAUUUGCGCAUAGGAAAGUGCAAUGCUCAUUUUUUUAGUAUUAUUAUAAUCACUUCGAACUUUCAGGGACCACGGGGGAGAGUGUGGCCUUCCUCACUGAGCAUGAGCUUCCUCGGGAUAACAUUCAGCAAAAAAGCGAGGGCUGGUCCCCUUCUAACGAUGAAGACUCGAUAUCGACGCUGA